AUGAAUCUUCCUUGGUUUGUUAGAUGGGGUACUGAUGUUGCCCUCUUCUUUAUCCCUGCUUAUACUUUUGCUAACUACCCAACUACCUUUUUUGUUUUUGCUGCUGAAAAGAGAAGACAAAGAAGAAGAAAAGAUUUCAGUGAUGUUAAAUUAAGAGAUGAUGCAGCUUUUAGCGUUGAUUAAGUAAAGCAAUUAUAGACUAAGCUUCACCUUAAAUAAUGA